AUGUCAAUUCGGGAACAACUGAUAUAUUUAAAACAUAAAGAUGUCUAUUCCGGUUAUGAACAUUUUGGUGGAGACUACACAUCCAAUGAAUUGGCAACACAGGCCCUGGUUUUAAUACCAAUUGGUACGUCAGGUUCAUGGAAGUAUCCCCUUGCUUACUUUCUGUUCAAAAAGCAUGUCAGCAACUACGCAACAAAAUUAAUGUCCUGGAACCCAAAAAAUCACAUAACUAGAAUAAAUAUAACGGCCUUCGCUCACUUUCAACGGUCGAACGAGGAGCUUACUUCCGGAGGGGAGUUGGAGGGUGAUUUUUCGUUCGAGUCAAAAGUUACGAUCGUUAAGGAAUAUUGA